AUCAAAACAUUGAUCCUUGAAGCUCAACAAACUCUUUAAAUCGAAAUCGUACUUUUUCAUGUUGAAAACGUCUGCUCAAUGACUUUAGUCAUAAAACGAUAGGUAUGGCUCAUUUAAUCAAACAAGAUCAAGACAAACAUCUGAAAUUCGUUCUUGACCAGCCGGAAGAGGUUCUUAUCGAGUUCUGCAAAUUGGCCAUCGAAUACAUCAACAAUGGAGUCAACGAGAAAAAGUGCUCAGUCGCUGCCAGAAAACUCGAAACAACCUUCGAAAGCGUCAAAGGCUGCGUUGAUGCACUCGUUUGCCUCCUAAUCGAUUCCACCAAGCUGCAUACUACCGAAGAGGAUUUCCAAUCGCUUCGAAACCUCCAAUUUACUGAUGGCCAAAUUGCAAUUCUGUGGCAAUUUGUCAACAGUAAACGGAACCUGGUGGAAAACAUCCUCAAACAUUCCAACGAUAGUGAAUUGCAUUUCCGUGAUCUGGAGUGGCGCCUAGAAGCAAAAGUUGCCUCCAGAUCCAUGCACAAACAGGCAGCACCGGUAAUAGCGAUGAAGUUGCAUCUGGACAGCGAAGUUGUCAACGAACAUAAGGAAAAGCUUCAACGAAACGGUGAUGCACCGGAGGAGGAAUUUACUGAGCCAAGCACCCGGAAGGAAGUGCUACUGCAAACCGAUCCGACAAGCCUAAUCCAUUUGAUUCAAGUUCUCGAGCAAGCUUUGAUAGACUCCAAAACUCACCGAGUUAGAAACUUUGUCAAAUCAUUCCAGAAAUAAACGCAAAGUUGUUUCC